AUGGAAAAUAACACCUUUGAAGAUCUGCAAACUGAAAUUGAAUUCUACCGGCAAAAUCAAGUCAUUGUGGAACAAGAAAUCAAAACGCUAAUUGCAGAUAAUCAAAAACUUUCUCAGCAAGUUGGAAACCUCUUAAAAGAAAAACUUCAAACUGCACAGCAAGAUAACAAUCAUGAUAAAGAACUUGAAGAUUUGAGAAAGAAGGUUGUCUUACUCGCUAAGGAAAGAGAUUCCCUCCACGUUUUAUGGCAAACUUCUCAAAAAACAAUUGAAGCCCUCGACAAAGAAUUAAAAACUUAUCAAGUUUACGACAAUAGAAGGAACAAAGAUAAUAUCACGGAUGAAAGAAGAAAUUUGGAACUAAAACUAGAAACAUCGCUUACUGAUUACGUCGAAUUAGAAACAAAGUAUAAAAAACUAGUAAAAGACUAUGAAGUUCUACAAACUGAACUAAAAAUUAAGGAAAAAGAAAUACAAACUUAUAAAGAAAGAGGCAAGGAGUUAGAAACGAAAAUAGUCACACUAGAAAAAAAUUUGGAAGAAUAUAAGAUAAAUCUGGCAGCAGAAACGAAAAACAACGAAGAUAUAAGGCAACAGUUGAUAGCGUGUCAGAAGGAAAGUGUAGAUAAAGUGAAGAAUGGAGUAGAGGCCAAAUCAAAGGUUGCAGAAGCCCUACAGCUUUUCGAUGUAGUAUCAGCUCAAAAAAACGAUGCUUACCGGAAGAUAGCAGAACUAACAGGAGUAAUAUCUGAGUUACAACAAUCUCUAUUCAAAGUGAAGCAAGAAACAGAAAGAACUUUCAGAACGGAGUUAGAUGAAAUAAAAGAGAAGUAUAAUGAAAAAGUAACGGACAUGUUGGAACAUAUAAGAAAUUUGGAUUCAGAGUUGAUAGAAAAGGGAAUGCUUCUUAACAAAACGUUGAGGGAGAACAAAAUUCUACAAGAAACGAACAAAAACUACAUUAAACAACAUAAAGAGAAUCUCAACUCGGUCGAUCCUAAACUAGCGCUUGCCGAACAGAGAAUUGAGGCUAUGUUCCAGGAACUGGUUGCAUCAGAACGUCGCAAUAUCCAACUGGUGUGCGAGAAACAAUGCCUAGCGAUUGACAUUCAGAGAAUACAAGACAUUCACACCAGAGAGACAAAACGAAGGGAUUGGGAGGAAAGUUUACUAAAAACGCAGCGGGAAGAACUUAAGUAA